UGGAGCAGGGAAACAUCUAAGACAUGCAGGGCAGUGGCUUCCCAGGACCAGGAUUGACAAACCCUGGUUUAGAUCCUGUCAGAAAAUAGUGAAAUCAGAGUUUGCCAAACCUCAAAUGUCUUGUUCAAAUCCAGUUUACUGUCAUGAUGGAAUACAGAAACCAGACCCAACCAAUCAGUCAUCAACAAUAAUUUUACAGUGAGUUAAGUAGGUGAUUACUAAUUGAUUGCAGUCUCAUGUGUCUCAUGCUCAUGAACACAGUUUAAUAUCUUUUUCUUAUUUGUUUUUGUCCCUAGAUGAAGUAAUACUUGUGGGAAGGAUCACGCUAACGGUCAUAUGUGUAUGCUGCCUUAAUCAACUACUGAGUGUCAAUGUAAUCUCAUGAAGGCAUGUGCAUAACAAGUGGUAUCAUUUGAUGUGAUUCUAUCACUAAUCCAUCUGUGAAAGUGUAACGAGGCCAUGUGGAUAAUAACACAUCUAUUACACCAUAGAUUCCAUGAAAGGUCAGUUUUUGGGGUCAUGAAAACUUUGUGGAGGACAUUGUCUGAUAUGAGUGAGUGAAAGUCUCCAUCUGAGUGAUCAUGAACAAGGCAGCAGUGUUUCGCUUUUGUGAGUCGUUUCUUUGUGUAACGCAGACCGAACCCCUGCUCUAAUCUGGGUUAUCUGGCUGUAAUCGGCUUAGCCCAUUGCCACGCUGACUGCUGCUACUGCUGCUUGGUGGGCACUUUCUUGUGGAUUUAGUCUGCUUUUCUCUUCACUGCCAUUAAUGCAGAACAUACACCUGUUGCAGACUUGAAGGGAAGUUCAUUUCACAGAGGUUGCAGAGCACCGGAGAACCACAUCACUUUGUUCUGUUCAAGGUCUCCUGUCAAACCUGUGGCCAUGGACGAGUGUCGAGAGAUGGCUUCACCUGAGGGGACACCUGCUGCCGACGCGUAUCCCAGAAAAAUAAUGGAAUAUAUGGAAGGAUUCCUCAUCUCAAAGACCAUGUUCACGUCCUGUGAGCUGGGUGUGUAUGAUGUCUUGCUUGGUGCAGGGCGCCCCCUGUCUGCAGAGGAGAUCAGUCAGGCAAUAGGAGCCAGUCUGGAUGGCACAGAGAGGCUGCUGGCUGCCUGCACAGGCCUGCAGCUGCUCAGCACACACAAGGACGAUGGACGAGUGCUUUACAGUAACACAGAUCAGGCCAGUGUCUACCUGACCCGCUCCAGUCCUUUAUCUCUCCUUCAGUCCAUCCAGUACAACUCCAGGACCAUCUAUUUGUGCUGGCACCACCUGACCGACGCUGUCAGAGAGGGGAGAAACCAGUAUGAAAGGGCCUUUGGAGUCAGUUCUAAGGACCUGUUUGAAGCUCUCUACAGGUGUGAUGAGGAGAUGGUAAAGUUUAUGCAGUUAAUGAACUCCAUCUGGAACAUCUGUGGUAAAGAUGUGGUCAGGGCCUUUGACCUGUCACCUUUCAAAGCCAUCUGUGACCUUGGGGGCUGCAGCGGAGCAUUAGCCAAACAGUGCACGUCCUCCUACCCAGAAUGCACUGUGACGAUCUUUGACCUCCCCAAGGUAGUGCGUAUGUCGAGGGAACACUUUGUCAGUGAGGCCGACCUGAGGAUAAGCUUUCACCAAGGGGAUUUCUUCAAAGACCCCCUACCACAGGCUGACCUCUACAUCCUUGCCAGAAUCCUCCACGACUGGACAGACGAACGCUGCAUAGAACUACUCAGUAGAAUUUAUGAAGCCUGCAAUCCAGGAGGCGGUGUGUUGCUGGUGGAGGCAUUGCUCCACGACGACGGCUCUGGCCCUCUGACAGUACAGCUCUACUCCCUCAACAUGCUGGUGCAGACAGAGGGCAGGGAGAGGACAGCUCCCCAGUACAGUGCCCUGCUGGCUGCCGCCGGCUUCACCAACAUCCAGCACCGCCUGACUGGGAAGAUAUAUGACGCUGUGCUGGGACACAAAGAGGUACGAGACUAAAAAAACCUCGGCUACUCUUGUACCAGGACUGAAAACGUUGUAGUACUGUUAGGAUUUCACAGUAUAUAUAUUAUAUAUACCAUAUCCAGCCCUCCGAGUUAGAAAAUAAUCCCAGUUAGGUGUGUUUCUGCUGUAAAUGAUUGGCUCUACACUGCAAAAGGUCAACCUCUAUUAGAGGGUGCAUGUGCAGCGUGAGCCUCCAGUCUUGCUGCUAAGAAGAUGAACCUCUUUGCCUAUCUACUCUCAUCACUCCUAAGUCCUAAGCCGUGUGCCUGAACCCCCUCGCCUCGUACCGGUCUUAACAGCAUAGUAAUCUUUGUACUGUGUUCUUUGUAACGAUGGAUGUGACUCAA